CAAAAGCACUCUACAAACAUUAGCUUAAUAAACAACAAUCACAUUCUCCUUUACCGAGCCGGAGGAUUUGAGUCUCUCGCACAGUCGCCCGUCUGCUUCUCGCUCAGCCGCCUGAAGCAAGCCUCCAGCUCGCCUCAACCCGUUGCUUCGGACUGCCCCUCAUCCCCUUCAAGCAACCGUCAGUCGACUCUUUAGUUUGUCAGCGGAAAGGUCUCAGAACAAAAAUGGCGACGCCACUGGUGGGGCUUCCGGGAAUGGAAGGUGGCCCUCCGGCAGCGCCACCUUCGCCGGGAACAGACAUGACCGGAAUAUGCUUCAGGGACCAGCUAUGGCUCAAUUCAUAUCCGCUGGAUCGCAACCUUGUCUUCGAUUACUUCGCUCUAUCCCCCUUCUACGACUAUACCUGCAACAAUGAACAGCUCCGCAUGCGCUCCAUUCACCCCCUCGACUUCUCUCAACUCUCGAAAAUGACUGGCAUAGAAUUCAUGUUGAGUGAAGUUAUGGAGCCCCACCUUUUCGUUUUCCGUAAGCAGAAGAGGGAUGGACUUGAGAAAGUUACACUGAUGCUGACGUAUUAUGUUUUGGAUGGGUCGAUUUACCAAGCACCACAGCUUUGCAAUGUUUUUGCUGCUCGAGUUGGGCGUGCUCUGUAUUACAUAUCAAAGGCCUUUACAACAGCUGCCUCAAAGGCAGAGAAGAUAGGAUAUGUUGAUUCCGAAAAUGACAGUGCAGCUUUGGAACCAAAGGUUGCCAAAGAGGCAAUUGAUUUUAGAGAUGUAAAGCGAAUUGAUCAUAUUAUUGCAUCCUUACAACGCAAGCUAGCGCCAGCCCCACCACCACCACCUUUUCCAGAAGGUUACAUCCCCCUUACAAACAUGGAAUCGGAAAAUGGCCCUGAAACCCAGCAAGCUGGAGAGGCACAACCACCUGCCCUUGAUCCGAUCAUUGAUCAAGGCCCAGCUAAAAGAAUGAAAUUCUGAGUAAGAGUUACUGCAUCGUAUCUUACCUGCCCGGAGGUAUGUGAAGAGCUAACUUAAUUUGGGAAGAGGGUUAUUGUACAACUUAAAUGUCAGUUAACCCAUAGGCCCUUUUGAGUAAGCAAUUUUAAAGAAAGGGAAAUUUUUUUAUACAAAUAGUAAUCUGAAAAUUGUGGAAACAUUGUUAUAGAUAUCAAAUUUUGUCAUUGAGAUCGAUACUUGGUGAUAUUGGAUUUAUGUACUGCUAA